UGUUGCAGAGUUCGGGGAGGAACCUUACCCUUCAGGCUCCGCCCUUUCUUUUUGGCUGUCGCCGUGCACGAAUGCCCGUGGUCUGAGGCCUGGCCUUUGCGCGAACAACGUGGGGAAAAUGCGCUACGUUGCAGCUUACCUUCUUGCUGUCCUUGGUGGCAAUGAAUCUCCAAGCUCAAAAGAUUUAAAGAAAAUUCUUGAUAGUGUAGGCAUUGAGACAGAUGAUGAACGUGUGAAUAAGGUAAUUAGUGAGUUAAAUGGGAAAAACAUUGAAGAUGUCAUUGCCCAAGGUAAUAGCAAGCUUGCUAGCAUGCCAGCUGGUGGGGCUGUAGCGGUUUCUUCUGGAGGGCCUGCUGCUCCAGCUGGAGGGGCUGCACCAGCUGCUGCAGAAGAAAAGAAAGAGGAAAAGAAAGAAGAGUCUGAAGAAUCUGAUGAUGAUAUGGGAUUUGGAUUAUUUGACUAAAAUUAUGAGUUAAUCUAAUAAAUAUUUUUCAAAGAUUGUG